GGUUCGGCAGAGCGGGCGCAGUGCAGCGGCGAUGCUAGGCUGGCGGCUUCUGGCUUGCUGCCUGCUGCUCGGCGGUGCCGGCUCGGCGCGGGGCGCCGCGGCCCUCGGCCAGGACGCGGUGCCCUCCCUUCGGAAUGAAGGGAUGUUUAUUAUCCAAAGUGAAGACUCCAACUUGUGCAUUCAAGUGGACACAGUUGGCCUUCAUCUGGGAGACUGCACUCAGCUCUCCAAAGACAUGCUGUGGAAAUGGGUAUCCAAUCAUCGUCUUUUCAACAUAGGCAGAGGUACCUGCCUAGGACUGAACAUCAGUAGACCAGAGCAGCCAUUAAGUAUGCUUGAAUGUGAUUCAACUCAGUACUCCUUAGGGUGGAACUGUGAUGGAAAAGCAUUGGUUGGUGCAUCAGAAUACAAAUUAGCUGUUGAAAGUGACAAACGCCUUGUGGCCAAGAAAAGCUCUUCCUGUCAGUGGAAACAGUACAUGUCCUAUGGUGAAGACCUGUGUGAACACCCGUUUCAAGAAACCUACACCUUGCUGGGGAACUCUUUUGGUUCUCCUUGUGUUUUCCCAUUUCAGUAUAACCAGAAGUGGUAUUAUGAGUGUACCAAAGAUGGAAAAGGAUUUGACUGGUGUGCCACGACGACUCACUAUGACCAAGAUGAGAAAUGGGGGUUUUGCCCAAAGGCUGAGAGUGGCUGUGGCAGUUUCUGGAAGAAGAACCCUGACACUCAGCUUUGCUACCAGUUCAAUCUUGUGUCUGCUUUGACCUGGCGCCAGGCACGGGCUGCCUGUCAGCUGCAAGGAGGAGACUUGCUGAGUGUCACCAACCCUGAGGAGCAGGACUACAUAAGUAACUUAAGCAGACAGCUAAAUGCUACAGACAAAAUGCUGUGGAUGGGCUUGAGUCACCUGGCUGAAGAUGCUGGCUGGCAGUGGUCAGAUGGAGCGGCACUAGCGUUUGUCAACUGGAGAGCAAAUGUCUCUGAUAAGCACUUGAAGGAACAUCGUUGUGCAGUGAUGAAUGCGAACUGGAAGUACAGCUGGCAGAGCUAUUGGUGUGACUCUGGAUUGCCUUUUGUAUGCAAAAAGCACUUAAAUCAGACAGAGCAUGAAACACUAGAUACAUGGAAGUAUUAUGCCACCCACUGUGAUGCUGGCUGGUACCCACACAAUCGCUACUGCUACAGACUACAUCGAGAGGAGAAGAACUGGAACGAUGCUUUCAUCUCCUGCCAGAGUGAUGGUAGUGGACUCAUUACUGUAUCCUCCAUGGCAGAUGCAGAACUGCUCCUCAACCUGCUUGAAAGUGAAAAUGUCACUGAAACAUGGAUUGGGUUGCACAGUAAUAACACCCCCAUGGUUUUUGAGUGGUCAGAUGGCACCUCAGUGAAGUUCUCUAACUGGCACAGCCAGGAGCCUAACACCUUGCAAAGAACAGGACAGCUCUGUGUUUCGGCUCAAGGAUCUGAGGGACGCUGGAAGGUGAGAAAGUGUGAAGACAGAUCUUUCUACAUCUGCAAAAAAGCAGGGGAGUUUAGUAAUGCCUCUGCUGAGCUGCAGUCUAACUGUCCAGAGGGCUGGACAAGACAUGGUGGAUAUUGUUACACCAUUGACAGCACCCCUCGAAGUUUUGCCCAUGCUGCCAGUGGUUAUUUCUGCCCAUCUGCACUUGUGUCAGUAACAAACAGGUUUGAGCAAGCUUUCAUCAACAGCAUGAUUCGUAGCAUGGUUCAAUCUGAGAGAACUUACUUUUGGAUAGGAUUGCAAGACCUUAACAACACAGGAGAAUACUUUUGGCUAAAUGCAGCAGGAAAUAAUAGCUCUGUCAGCUACACAAACUGGAACAAGUAUGAGCCACGCCGUUCUGGAGGGUGUGUGGCUAUGAGAGGGCAGCAGCCUGUUGGUUACUGGGAGGUAAAAAGCUGCAGGAACUUCCAAGCAAUGUCUUUGUGCAAGCAAAAAGUCAACUCUUUUGAAGAACCAGAGCUUACUUUCCAAAGACAUUUGAGUUCCUGCUAUUUUGGAUGGGAGUCUGACACUCAUCUGCUCAACUGUUACAAGGUAUUUCACAAUGAAAAAAUACUGAUGAGAAGAACAUGGGAAGAAGCAGAAGAAUUAUGCCAAGAUCUUGGUGCCCAUCUUGCCAGUUUUAGCCACAUCUAUGAAGAGACUUAUUUAAACAAUUUAUUGUACACAAUUUUUGAUAGGGCUGAAGAGAGACAGUUCUGGAUUGGAUUUAACAAAAGAAAUGGGCUCUCCGGAGGGACGUGGCAGUGGUCGGACACAACACCUGUGGUCUCUUCGUUCUUGGAGAGCAAGUAUGCUGGAGAUGACUGGAGGAGCUGUGGUGUGUUCAGAGUGAACAGAACAGUGUUCCCAGCACGCUGCAGUGAGAGGCGUGAGUGGAUAUGCAAAAUACCAAAAGGUGUUAAACCAAAGAAUCCAGAUUGGUACCUAGCUGAAUUGCCAUGGUCAUACUACCAAGGAGCAGAGUACCUUUUCCAUGUGGAUCCUACAGACUGGGAAACCUACCAGUUCAUCUGCAGCUGGCUUCGUGGGGCAGUGGCAACAAUCAACUCUUCUGAUGAGCAAGCCUUCAUUCAAAACAAAAUCAAGAAGCUGUCGAGCAGCGAUGUGCGCUGGUGGAUUGGGCUGCAAGCAGACAACCUCAGCGAUGAGUUCCGCUGGAGAGAUAAAUCACCACUAACAUACCAGAACUGGAAUGAAGAGAGGGGAAGAGAUCCACAAACACCAGGGAAAAGAUGUGGCUUCAUUUCAUCACAAACAGGUCUCUGGGGUGAUGAGAACUGUACUGUCUCUCUUCCCUGCAUUUGUAAACGUAAAACUGCCUGGAAAAUAGAGAAAAAGAUUCCAAAAGACCAGAAACAACAAGGAGGAUGUCCCAAAGGCUGGCUGCACUUCAGAUUCAAAUGCUUCUUGAUACAAAUUCCAAAGGAGCCAGAGCAGCUGAGAAGCUGGUACUCAGCCCAAGAGUUCUGCAGUAGCAGUGGUGGGUCACUUGCUUCCCUCAAAAAUGAACUGGAGCAAGCUUUCAUAACAAUGAAUCUAUUUGGAAGGACAACGAGUGUUUGGAUAGGUUUCCAGAGUGAUGAUUAUGAAACAAUGGUGAAUGCAGACCCUCCGAUGUAUUCAAACUGGUCCCCAGCUGAUGUAGUGCCUAGGCGACAUUAUAACAAUGCCAACAUGGAAGAACAACUUCCACUGUGUACAUUAGUAUCCAAUAGCCCAAACUUUUAUUUCACUGGAAAAUGGUAUUUGGAAAACUGUCAGAAAAGUUAUGGAUUUGUCUGCCAAAAGACUCAGGGCAUACCUGGACACGGCAUCGGCGCAUCUGAGACGCUCCCUGUGCUGCAGACGUUGGAGUAUGGAAACCGAAUGUACAGGCUGAUCCAGGGGAACCUCACAUGGUCUGCAGCUUUGAAAGCCUGCCUGGCAAAUGGUGCUGAGUUGGUCAGCAUUGCAGACCAGUACCACCAGGCUUUCCUCACAGUCCUUGUGAGUCGGCUGGGGUACAGCCACUGGAUCGGGCUGUUCACGCUGGAUGGUGGGCUUAGCUUUGGCUGGUCAGAUGGCACCAGGUCGUGGUUUACCUUCUGGGCAGACGACGAGUCCCGGGCCUGGGGCAGCUGUGUUUACAUCGACACCUCAGGGCACUGGAAAACUGCUAACUGUGAACGACUUCUGCAAGGAGCUGUUUGCCAUGUGCCACCUGAGAAGAAACCCACUGCCCAUAAAGGCUUGUGUCCAGAAAAGGCUGUUCCCUGGAUCAAAUUCAGAAGCAGCUGCUACAGCUUUUCUACAGUUCUGCAGGGCACAAAUCUUGAUACUGCAUACAAAGUCUGCAGAAGUCAAGGAUCAAAUCUUCUAACUAUUGAGGAUGAAGAAGAAAAUGCCUUCAUUCUGGAACAGCUGCACAGUGUUGGUUACUCUGUAGGGGUGAUUUGGCUGAACACCUUGCUUCUUACAGACAAUGAGACAAUCUCCUGGUCUGAUGGUUCUCCCUUAAACUAUUCUAACUGGGGCAUCAGGGAGCCUGAAUUUGAUCAUCUGAAAGGGAAUUCCUGUAUCAGCCUGAGGACCACAGAUGGGGUUUGGCAAUUAUCACCAUGCACAGAAAGAAAGGGCUUUGUCUGUAAAAUGGAUGCAGAUAUUGAUGCAGCAGAACCCUCUGAAAAUGCAUCCUACCCGGGGCUGGCAGCUCUGGCUGUCCUGGUGACGUUGGUGAUGCUGGCUGCCAUUUCCCUCUUCCUCUGGUGCCUCUACAGGCAGAAUACCCAGCUCUUCAGCAGGAUGGUGUGGGUCAGAAACUCUUACUUGCCACAGAUUGACAGUGACCUUCCUACUCUGGAAGAAAGCAUCCUCAUUUCUGAUUUUGAGAGAAGCAGCAGCAGCUAAGUGGUCAGAAGUAGCAAGCUGUUGUGCCUUCCAUAUGGGACUUUGUGAUCUACUAUGGUUUCCUCCUUGUGAGUUCCUCAGGUAGACUUGCAGCCAUCAGUAUUAACACUGCAGAGGCUCCCUACCUUGGAGGACUUUCACUUCGUGGCAGGAUGAGGCAAGAAGCACAGAGACAUUGGCUCCUCUGGGAAAAGCCAGGAGCUGAAAGUAUUCCCAUGCCAUAAACCUCCAACAGCACACGUGGAGCAGUCACAUCUGAGGCCCUAGAGCACUGUGCCUUGUCCUGCAGCUUCUUCCUUCAGGGAUGUUUGGGCUUCUGUGGUUUGGUUGGUUUGGUCUGUUUUUUAUGUUCCAGAAUCUGCUCUUGAGCCAACAUUAAAAUAUGAUCUUGACUUUAGCAACUCUGAAACACUU